AUGAAAUCCCCUUUGAUCCGAAACAAGGGUAGCCUUCCGACAAGCAGCUUUGAGAUGUCUUCCUUUUCGCGCAUUGCCACUGCUAAGGCGGUUGGCUACUUCGAAUCCUCGGACUGUGUGGACCCAUUAGGGUUAGAAUCAUGUUAUAAGAAGGCCGAACAGUCCUUGGCCAGUUAUAUAAAUAACAGCUGCGCGGGGAGGGAGCAAAGGAUGCGCCGAUUCAUGCGUGUCCAAGCCUUGGAAAUUGAUUGCAUCCAUGUUUGCGAAUGUGUACAAUACAUUGAUCAUAUCGAUUGUGCCGCAACAAGCUGUUGGAAUCAGGCAUUCUCGUGUGAGUAUCAGCGAAGCGCCUACGAUCUGAUGGAGUCCUGCCUAGCGAAAGUACAAGCCGCGACGACUGAAAAGGCAGAUCAAUGUGCAGACAAUAUAAUCAAAUUGAACCAGCAAGGUGCCUAUAAGGAGGCGAUGGCUUACGGCAAAGCGUGUAGCUGCUGCGGACAGAGUGACUUCUGCCCAAAUACCAUACCUUCCUUAAUAGGUGCCGAUGUGUGGUACGAAGUGCUCUUAAAGAACAACGAUUGGGGGCAAUGUGGAACUUCUCUUGAGGGUGUCAAUUGCCCUGCGGACCUGGAAUUUACCAACCAGACCAAAUAUCACACGCCGGGAAAGCUACCUGUGAAUGGAACGGAAUCACUAUACAAUACCGGUGGUGUCAUCUCCACUCCGGUGAGUGGGAAUAUAUCUAUCUGGACAAUGCGCGACGUGCUGCACCCCAUCACAGCCGCAGCGACGAACAAGGCCGUCCCGACCAAGUCAGAAUCCGGUGAUAAGGGGGCCACUACUACCUCCGCAGAGUCCAAGGCAGGUUAUCAGUUAAGCAUGUCUUUCUGGGUCACCGUUGGCGCCAUUAGUACCGCAUUCCUUGCUAUCGCCAUAUAA